AGUUAUAGUCUAAAAUUAUAAAAUUUUACUUGUGUCAUCAUCAUUUGUGUCUAACGAGCGAGUGCAGCUUACCAUUUUAUUUAUAUUUUUCUUUAUUGUAACCGAUAUACGAAAACCUUUUCUUUUCACAUCCUUAAUACUUUUGUAUAGAAUUUUCAUUUUAUCUACACUGUAGUGCAAGCGGGUAACAGGCCCGGGCAUUUCUCACGCAAUAAAUCAUCAUCAAAUAUGACACUUUAUGAGCGAUAUUUCGGUAGACUAAUUAGCAAUGAAUGUAAAAUAAUUGGAAAAUGUUCAAGACAUUAACGUGAGAUCGUUAUUGUCAACAUACUUAAAACAUACAACAUCAACAAAACCGAUUAACACAAGAACUUAAUUUUUUGCUCCUGUAUGGUCAUCUACUAAACUAUGAAAACAAUGAAGUUGAGCAUUUAAGCUGUAGUUUGUCAUUUUAGUGUUCUCAGAAUUUUUUUACAAUAGAAUCAGAUCGCAAGAAUGAAGCUUUUUUGUUUUUCAAUGUUCAGAAACGCAUGUUUUUGGGACGGACUUUUAGAUGUUUGAGAAAAAUACGUGGAACUUAGUCGAAAAAUUGUUUAUUUGAGACAUUUUUUUUGGUAUUACAAAGCUACUAAGAGAUACACUAUGAAAGUCUCAAUUUUGAGUCGGUGACUUUUAUUUAAGAUUGAGUUCAACCAGAAAUACUACUAAUACAGCACAGAGCUGGGCAACUUCAACUCCGGAGUUGAAAAUGUUUUUGGUGAAGUUGGAAUUGGAGUGGAGAUUUUAGGAGGCUGGAGUUGGGUUUUUGAAUUUUUAUUCUCAGCUCCGUUUUGCAUUUUUGAAAAUAUUCAGUGGUUGUAAAGCUGAUCUUCUAAACGAUUCAGUGGCUGUAUUCACGAGUGAGUUCGGAAGUUCUUUGCGCUUUCCGACUGGGAAAAGCUCAAAAACGUCCAAAAUUCUACUAAAAACCGAAAAAUUUUCCUUACAAAAGUGAAGCAACCGAAGUUGAAGCGGAGUUGAGAUUUUUGUUGACGGAGUUGGAGUUAGAGUUGAAAAAUUUUGAGCGUAGUUGGAGCUGGAGUUAGAUCGGAAAUUUGAAAAUGGAGUUGGAGUGGAGUUGGAGUUGAAAGUCAGCGAAGUUGCCCAGCCCUGUUACAGUAGUUUUUGCACUGUUUUUAAAAAACGUAUAUUCUUUCCCAAUAGUAUUAGCUGAAAUAUUCUGUAUAUAUUUUAAAUGUCAUAGGUACAGUAGACUUGACUAUAUCAGAAACGAUUUUGAAACUUUUUUAACUUGUCCCAUAAAGAGAACGAAAAUCAAGUUACAUGUAAGUGUCAAAACGUUUUGUGAAUGUUGUAUGGUUUUAAUAUUUUGAUAAUAACUUGUUUGCGUGAACGUCUAGAACGUUUUCGAAUGAUUUCAUGAUUUUCUAGACAAUUGAAAGCUAAAUCUUUUAAAAGCCAUUGAUCUAAAAUGAUGAGAUACAAUGUAAAUAUAGAUAAGAUACUUAGACUACUAUUUAAUCAGGGACAUUUCUGUGAUUAGCUUUUGUUAAAUGUUGCUGUGCGUGCAUUUAUUAUUUGUUAUAUUCUAGUAUUGGUGCCAAGUACGAGAAAAGACUCGAAAUAGAAAAUGUGUAUAAAAAUAUAUUUGAAUUAUUCAUAUCUAAUAAUAUGAUUCAAUUAAAAUCAAUUAUAACAACAUGCUGUUUACCGGAUAGUUGUCAAAAUUUAACAAUUUUAGAAUCAUUAGAAAGCUUAACAUUGAUCUAUACAUGGUGUUAUCAUAAAUUAUUAAAUUUAUUUCAGUACAUACCAAAUUUAAAAUAUUUACGUUUAUUAUUUGUCUUAAGAAUUGAAAAGAAUUACAACGACAAACAACAACGACAACAUAUUUAUGAUAAAUUAAAUAAUAAACAAUAUCAUCAUCGAUUAUUAUUAUUAAAAUAUUUACAAGUAAAUUAUGAUGUAUUUUAUAAUUAUGAUUCUAUUUAUGGUCAUUAUUUCUUAUCACAUUUUCCAUGUAUAAAAUUAAUCAAAACUACCAUAAAAGAUAGAUAUUAUAGAUGUCCUAGAGAUGGUUUCAGUCAAACAAUAUCAAAAACAAAAACAAUAAUUACUAAUUAUUAUAAUAAUCAAAAUCAAGAUUUAUGGAUAGAUAAAAAAAUCAUUAAUAUUGAAGAAAAACCAUAUUCUUCGGUUUCUUUAAGUUUUCUGAGGAUGACACAUAAUAAAAAAAAUGUAUGUGAGUGA